CAACUGUAAAUCAAACACACUCAUGGCUGCUGACAACAGGAUAGCUUCUUCCACAAUUGUCCAGCAGAGUGAUCUUUUUGGUCAGCUCUCUUUUGCAUUGGCUGUAGAUGAUGUUGCAUGAUCAUUCUGCUCACUCUUCCAUAUCUGGUACCUGGAUGACACGACCCCGAGUAGCUUGGCUGAGUCUGAGAGUGCGAAACUUGAGAGAAGGGAGAUAAUUCUAACAGCUAUGCCUGACAACAAUGGACUGUGUCCGUUAGGUACAUGUCUAUCUAUUUUCUAGAUGUGGACAAUAUAAAAGCAAACAAAAAACUGGCCGCCAAAUAAGAUAAAAGGAAGGCAAUUUACUUCUAUUUAGAACAAUCUACAGUUAACAGAGAGCAAUAGAUGGUUUUUAAUCUAAAUCCAAUAGGUGUAAGUAAGUGCAUUCAUUGUUAUUAUACCAAAUGAUAUUUUACUUUCUACCAGGAAACCAGUACUUCAGUUUAUGGUAAUUUCCCAGGCCGGAUCUCCACAAAAAUAGCAUCUGGUGCAUUGUGAUGGGAAUUUCUCACCCAAGUUGUAGCAACAAAUUUAUGCCAUCUUGAAGACUAAAGAACGAUGUUACCAAAUAUAGGUAUAUGCAUCCUGUUUCCAUAGCCUUGGUUAAAUUACUGUGAAAUAUUUCUUCAGGGCUGAAAAAGUUUGUUUUUCUUUCUUAAUAAUAUUUGUUAUUAUGGAGGGGAAACUGUGUAAGAGUCAGAUUAAUGGUGAAAAGGAAUGUGGAAGAUUUGAUUUAUCUCUUCAGACACAGAAAAGUGUUAAGAAGAGGCCACACCACUGUGAGAUCUGUGGGAAAACCUUCCAACAGAAUAAUCACCUUGUUGAUCAUAAACGUACUCACACAGGUGAGAAACCAUACAACUGUGAUAUCUGUGGCAAGACAUUUUCUAAGAAUAGUAAUUUAUACAGACAUAAGAUGAAGCAUUCAGGACUUAGACCCUAUCACUGUGACAUCUGUGGAAAAACCUUCACCAUCAAAAGUUCAUUAUUUUCUCACAAACGUAUUCACACUGGAGAACAACCUUUUCGCUGUGAUAUCUGUGGUAAGACAUUUGCUCAGUAUGGUAAUUUAUAUAAUCAUAAGCAAAAACAUUCAGGAAUCAAACCCUUUGAAUGUGAUAUCUGUGGCAAAGCAUUUUCUGCAAAUUGUUAUCUCUCCAGUCAUAAACGUGUUCACACUGGUGAGAAACCAUACCACUGUGAUGUUUGUGGCAAGCAUUUCUCUCAAAAUGGGUUGUUAACUCGUCAUAAACUUAUACAUACAGGACAUAAGCCUUACCACUGUGAUAUCUGUGGUAAGACGUUUCCUGUAAAUUCUGCCCUAUCUUGUCACAAACGUGUUCACACUGGUGAGAAACCAUAUCACUGUGAUAUCUGUGGUAAUAUGUUCUCAUAUAAAGGCAAUUUGUCGACUCAUAAACGGAUUCACACAGGAGAGAAACCAUAUCACUGUAACAUCUGUGGUAAAUCAUUCCAAUACAAAGCUAGUUUAUCUUUCCACAAACGUUUACACACAGGUGAGAAACCAUACUACUGUGAAUUCUGUGAUAAAAAAUUUAGUAACAGCAGUAACUUAGAGAGUCAUAAAAAGACACAUUCAAAACUUAAACCUUAUCAGUGUGAUAUUUGUGGUAAAUCUUUUUCUGCCAAUUGUGAUUUGACUAGUCAUAAACGUGUUCACACUGGUGAGAAACCAUUUCAAUGUGAUAUUUGCAGUAAACAUUUUUCUACAAGGGGUAUAUUAGCUUGUCACAAACGUAGACAUACUGGUUAUAAGCCAUAUCACUGUGAUAUCUGUGGUAAAGUGUUUGCUGUAAGUUGUAAUCUGUCUUCUCACAGACGUGUUCACACUGGUGACAAACCAUACUGUUGUCACAUCUGUGGCAAAACGUUCUCUCAGAGUGGUAACUUAGCUACUCACAAGCGUACACACACACGUAGGACAUCAUAUGACUGUGAUAUAUGUGGUAAAAUGUUUUCCUAUAAGGGUAAUUUAACUAACCAUAAGCAUGUACACAAGUGAUAUCUGGAGUAAAAUAUUCUCUUGGGAUGGCUUUAGUGACUCACAAGAAACUGUAGUAACGCCGUGCGCAUGCGUAGUCUCACGCAUGCGUGGAAUUAAACAAGCAAGCUUUCCCGCUUAAUUCUAUCUCUUUCUCAGUCGGCCGACCAUGAGCAUGGACGUGUCAAGCAGUGUCGCCAACAUUCCAACUCUGGAGACAGUCUCUUUACGUGUUUAGCUGUCACUCUCCAUCUUUCGGACUUACGCUCGACAGCUCGCUUACAUCUACAUACCAACUGAAUUGUAACAACAAACAAGAGCUAAAGAUGUAUAUAUUUACCACCUGAAUAAAUGUUGUUUAGGUUGAUA